UUGAUUUCCCUUUCAGACUGGACGUUAAAUCACUGUUGACAACAGGCCCGCCGAUGGGGAGUUUGGGACCACCGACUCUAAAGGCUGCUUCCAGUCUCCUCGCCCGAGUAGAUGCUACCGUGGAGCUGGGCUCUUCAAAAUGGCAGCUGUGGUCAAGUUCCAGAAAGAUCUGACGUCUUUUUAACCCAGUAGCAAAAUAUGGGGCUGUAUCCCUGCAGACCCAAAGGAGAAAAGUCCGAUGGCUCAGAUGGCCACGUGCUCCAACACCUCGUGCUUAAUCGGACCGUGGGCACCUCGGCUACCUACAGCAAGAGUUAGCGCAGCUCCUGGGUUCCGAGGUGAGGUGUCGGAAGGUGCAAACCACCGCGGUAAAUCGCGUCUUCAGGUGUUUAGUUUUUUUGUUUUUUGUUUUUUAACCGACGCUAAGAAGCCCUCGUUGCUCUGUUCGGAUAGGUGGGAAAACAGCGCUGGUCUGAACUUCUAAGUUCUGAGGUCCACUCUGCCUUGCGUCCACAGAGCUGCGGACCGUUUCAGCAGGCUACACUCUCCUAGCAGGCGGCCAUAACAAGGCUCCCUUGGCGCGAACUACAAGGAAACUCAAGAAACACUUAAAAACAGAAAAAAAAAUCCAUCUCAAAGAUCCGGAGUGGAGUUUUUAGGGUAGGGCUGUGCAGGAACUUGGGGACUCACUCGAGGAACUGGGGAUUGGGGCGUCCCACCUGGACGCGGGAGACAAAAGUUAAGGGGGUCCCACCAAGGGGGUCGCCAACACGCUUUCUGCCCGAUUGGCGGAAGCGUUCAGACUUUUCUUUAUGGCGUCACCGAGUACCUGCCUGUAGGAAGGCUCCAGUUGCGUGACGUCACGCUGCAGUGACCAAUGAACGGCCCGAGCCGGCAGGCCCCGAGGAGGGUUGUGGGCCCUUCUUUUUGUGAAUGAAGCUCCACGGAACAUCCCUCCUGGGGGUCCCCGGGAGCCGCGGCCCGCUGAGCUCGGACGCCCCGGCAGCAGCGUCCCAGGGAGCGCGCGCUUUGCUCCAGCCACCGGCCAGCGCUGUGGGGCCCCCGGGACGCGGGCAGCGGGAGACGCAGCGCGAGGACCCAGGCCGGGUUGCCGGGCCAUGGUCGCGGUCCCCUGACGGGCCGCGGCCGCCUCCAUGAAGCGUAAGAGCGAGCGGCGCUCGGCUUGGGCCACCGCGCCCCCCUGCUCACGCCGCAGCUCGUCCUCCUCUCCCGGUGUGAAGAAGAGCCGCAGCUCCACGCCGCAGGAGCUGCACCGCCUGGAGCAGCAGGACGACCUGUACCUGGACAUCACGGACCUGCCGGGUACUUCUCUUGCCCUGCUUUCCAGAUGCUUUGGAGUCAUGAGACGGGAGGGCGCAGGGACCCCUCUGAUGGCCGAGGUGAUCCGAGAUCGCCUUUGUUUUGCCAUUCUCUACAGCAGACCAAAGAGUGCAUCAAACGAACAUUAUUUCAGCAUAGAUAACGAGCUAGAGUAUGAGAACUUCUAUGCGGAUUUUGGACCACUCAAUCUGGCCAUGGUUUACAGAUAUUGUUGCAAGAUAAAUAAGAAGCUCAAGUCCAUUACAAUGCUGAGGAAGAAAAUUAUCCAUUUUACCGGCACUGAUCAGAGAAAGCAAGCGAAUGCCGCCUUCCUUAUCGGGUGUUAUAUGGUUAUAUAUUUGGGGAGGGCACCAGAAGACGCGUAUAGAACAUUAAUCUUCGGGGAUACAGCCUAUAUUCCUUUCAGAGAUGCUGCCUAUGGAAGCUGCAGUUUCUACAUUACACUUCUCGACUGUUUUCAUGCAGUAAAAAAGGCAAUCCAGUAUGGCUUCCUUAAUUUCAACUCAUUUAACCUCGACGAAUAUGAACACUAUGAAAAAGCAGAAAAUGGAGAUUUCAACUGGAUAAUACCAGAGCGGUUUCUUGCCUUCUGUGGGCCACACUCAAGAUCCAGGCUGGAAAGUGGUUACCACCAACAUUCUCCUGAGACUUAUAUUCCAUAUUUUAAGAAUCACAAUGUAACUACCAUUAUCCGUCUGAAUAAAAGGAUGUAUGAUUCUAAGCGCUUUACGGAUGCUGGAUUCGAUCACCAUGAUCUUUUCUUUCCGGAUGGCAGCACCCCUGCUGAGGCAAUUGUCCAAGAAUUUCUGGAUAUUUGUGAAAAUGUCGAGGGUGCCAUUGCGGUGCAUUGCAAAGCUGGCCUCGGUCGAACAGGCACACUGAUAGGCUGCUACCUCAUGAAACAUUACAGGAUGACAGCAGCCGAGAGCAUUGCCUGGCUCAGGAUAUGUAGGCCCGGCUCAGUGAUUGGGCCCCAGCAACAGUUUCUGGUCAUGAAGCAAUCGAGCCUCUGGCUGGAAGGUGACUAUUUCCGUCAAAAGUUGAGAGGGCAGGAGAACGGACCCCUCAGAGACGCCUUCUCCAAACACCUUUCAGAUGUCGAUGACAUUUCGAUAAAUGGGCUUGAGAAUCAAGACAGUCAAGAGCCUGAGCUGUAUAGUGAUGAUGAUGAAGUCAGUGGAGUGACACAAGGAGACAGACUUCGGGCCCUGAAAAGCCGGAGACAGCCGAAAACCAACGCUAUCCCCCUCACAGUAAUUCUUCAGUCCAGUGUUCAGAGCUCUAAAACCCCUGAACCUAACCUUUCUGGCAGUGCAGGCAUUACUAAACGAACCACCAGAUCUGCUUCGGGGAAAAGCAGUCUUAAAAGCCUGGCUCCUUGGAGGGAGAGGAGGAGAAGGAGUGCUUUGCAGCACAUGCCCAUGCUGGCCUUAUGUCCAGCCAUUUCAAGGACUAAGACAGUCUUACGGUAAAGUAAAAAACCGGUGAACAGCACUCCAGGGAAGACUAGGAACAGAACACCCCAAAGGAUUUAGCCAAUCGAUCUGAGAACAAAGCAGACUCUGCAAUGGCCUUAGCUUCUUUCCACAUAAGUUCAUUCAAUGAGGAAAAUGUCACUGGCCUGUCAUCCACUCACUGACUCGGGGUGUGGUUGAACCAUUUGAAGGCCUGACUCUCCCUUUCAUAAUCUCAAGUCGGACAAAAGCUGCUGUUGUGAAUUUAGUCUCAGGUGUCAAUACCCUGUCCUCUGCCACCAGAGAGCUGUCUGGUGAGUGUAGUACAUGUGUGUCCCUGUGAUGGCAAUCAUAUUUGCUGCUGGCCUCCAGAAGACUGGGGGAUCUGAUGGAGAUCUCUCGGGUAUUUAUUCCUGUUCGGCCUGUGGCCCCGACUUGCAGUUUAUAAAGAUGUAAGAGAUGAACCCCUCUAGUGGUACCCUCCAUCUUAAGGUGUGAUUUGGUACGGUCAGCCUCACUUUACUCUCGUUAACGCUGUUGUGAUGUUCGUUCACUGCGUGAAGUACCCAAGCUGCUUGUCUUUCACCAAAGAGUGCUUUAUUAACAAUCUGUGAAUACUGCAUUUAAACACUGUCGUAUGUUGUUGUGGUUACCAAAAACCUGCUAGAAAAUGUUGAUGAGAGCAUUGGAACCCUUUCUCAGUCAAAUGGUUCCUACAAAUCCUUUCUUGUGUCAUUUAGGAAGAAGAUUUCAGAGCUGAGAUGUUGUUGGGUUGCUCAGUCA